AUGCUCACUUGCGAAUGGAAACGUACUACGUGCAUUAAAAUCUCUUUGUCGGGGCGUCGGUUCGCUUCUCGCAAAAAUAACACAGAAAGGGCAUCUAAGAGUCUUUUAGCUUCUCGCAAAAGCAACAAAGAACGGACCUCCGAGAUUCUUUUAGCUUCUCGUAAAAACAACACAGAAAGUGUCCCUGCGAUUAUUUUAGCUUCUCGCAAAACAACACAGAAAGGGCCUCUAAGGCUUCUCGCAAAAACAACACAGAAAGGGCCUCUAAGGGUUUUUUUAGCUUCUCGCAAAAACAACAGAGAAAGAACCUCCGAGAUUAUUUUAGCUUCUCGCAAAAACAACACAGAAAGGACCCUCGAGAUGAUUUCAGCUUCUCGCAAAAAUAACACAGAAAGGGCCUCUAAGAGUCCUUUAGCUUCUCGCAAAAGCAACAAAGAAAGGACCUCCGAGAUUCUUUUAGCUUCUCGUAAAAACAACACAGAAAGGGCCUCUAAGGCUUCUCGCAAAAAUAACACAGAAAGGGCCUCUAAGAGUCCUUUAGCUUCUCGCAAAAGCAACAAAGAACGGACCUCCGAGAUUCUUUUAGCUUCUCGUAAAAACAACACAGAAAGUGUCCCUGCGAUUAUUUUAGCUUCUCGCAAAAACAACACAGAAAGGCUUCUCGCAAAAACAACACAGAAAGGGCCUCUAAGGGUUUUUUUAGCUUCUCGCAAAAACAACAGAGAAAGAACCUCCGAGAUUAUUUUAGCUUCUCGCAAAAACAACACAGAAAGGACCCUCGAGAUGAUUUCAGCUUCUCGCAAAAAUAACACAGAAAGGGCAUCUAAGAGUCCUUUAGCUUCUCGCAAAAGCAACAAAGAAAGGACCUCCGAGAUUCUUUUAGCUUCUCGUAAAAACAACACAGAAAGGGCCUCUAAGGCUUCUCGCAAAAACAACACAGAAAGGGCCUCUAAGGGUUUUUUUAGCUCCUCGUAUAAACAACACAGAAAGGGUCCCUGCGAUUAUUUUAGCUUCUCGCAAAAACAACACAGAAAGGGCCUCUAA